ACUGCACAUUUCAACAGCUGCACUUCCUCAUACAUGUGCACUUGCUGUUUCAUUACUGUCAGACACACCGCUGCGUAUGCUGUGGAGGAAAGUAUUUUCUUGUUUACUGGGGAAGAAAUAAAAACAAACUUAUGCCGCGGCCCUGAUAUUAGCAGUGGAUAAAUCAAGCAGAAUGGAUGAGCAAAUACAGGUGAAUAUGGAAACGUUAUCUCCAAACACAAGGAGGAGUUUCAGCUUCUCAUCUCUCCGCAUCAAAAAAAGGCACAGCAGCGAAGACAGUGGAAUGACACGGCGGAGGGGGGUGUGGGCUUUUUCAUCAGCCCGAGAGUCCUCAAGAAAAGAGUUUGUUCGAGAUGAAGAUGGCGGCUCACAGCUUACAAGUGCUGAGGAACAGUUGAAGAAGACAGGUGAGCAACCCAGGGGUAACCUCAUAUCUGAUGUCUCUGAGAAACGUGGUGCCAUUCCAUCAGGUGAAGAUGAUGGACGACAAGGGGCCCUCAAGAGAUUUAGUGCCAUGUGGUCAUCCUUCCGCAAAGGCAAAAGAGACAGAGUCAAAGAACCUGAGUCUACAGAUCCUCUGGGCCCAGAGGUGGCAGACAACACAUCCAGGCAGCAACGCUAUGUCAGCGGCCAGUAUUUCUUUGAGUAUCUGGUGGUGGUCAGCCUCAAGGCCACGGGCAGUAACAGCUACGAACCCCAGAUCACCUACCAGUUUCCCAAGAGAGAUGGGAUGGGAAGAUCUCAGAAGGAGGAAGAGGAGAAGACUUUAAAGGCAAUCACACUCUUUUGUUUCCCAGAAGGCAUCAGCUGGGCUCCUUUAACAGAAUACCACAGUGAGACCUUCUCUUUUGUUCUGACUGAGAUUGAUGGCAGCAGGAGAAAUGGAUACUGCCGGAGAUUACUGCCAGGAGGAAAAGGCGCUCGACCACCUGAGGCUUACUGUAUCAUCAGCUCGCUGGCUUGUUUCGGUCUCUUCUCCAAGAUAUUUGAUGAGGUUGAGAAGCGGCGGCAGAUCUCCAAGGCCAUGAUCUAUCCAUUCAUGCAGAAGCUAAGAGAGGCUCCAUUCCCAGCCCCGGGAAACACAGUGGAGAUUAAGAGCUUCAUUCCUGAGUCAGGCACUGAGAUCAUCCGUCUGACCCGGCCCCUGGAUUCCUGGCUGGAACAUGUCAACUUUGCCACACUCUUCAGCUGCCUGACGGACCGGGAAGUGUUGCUCGUGUUUGCAGCUGCUGUCUUGGAGAGACGGAUCAUUUUCAUCGCAGAUGACCUUGGCACAUUAUCUCAAGUCAUCCACGCAGUAGCAGCCCUCCUCUACCCUUUCACUUGGCAGCACACCUUCAUCUCUAUUGUUCCAGAAAUCCUAAUUGAUGUAGUGAUGGCACCCACCCCGUACCUGCUGGGAGUCCAGAAGCGCCUGCUGGACCAGGUCACUGACCAGGGUGAUCUGCUGGUGGUUGAUUUGUCUGAAGAUAAAAAGGACACCUUCAUUGUUUCAAUCGGUGAUGAAGGUUCUAUCCUGCCUCCAAAGCUCCAAGCUGAGAUAUUAGAGGCACUAAGUCACAGACAAAAUGCAUCAGUGGGGGAGGAGCUGAACCGAGUGGUUUCAGAAGCUUUCCUGCAGUUCUUUGUGAAAACGGUUGGCCAUUAUGCCUCACAUGUGAAAUGUGGUCACUCUGGAGAGCAUGGGAUGUUUGAAAAGAAAAAGUUCUACAAGGCAAUCGAGUCCAAAUCCACACAACGCUUUGUCAAGAAUUUCAUUCAGACGCAGAUGUUUGACCUGUUUAUCCAGGAGGUGGAGCAGCAGCAACCUGGACCACAGCAAGGAAUAUUUCACAGAAAGAUCCUUGAAUAUCAGGAGAAGAAGAAAAGGGAGAAGACAAAGAAACACUAGCUGUCAGCGUAGCACUAUGGCUGUAAAAAGGAGUAUAUAAAUGUGAAUAUUGCACUGUGUGUUUUCUGUGCUGAUUUAAAUAAUUAUGUUCUGAAGUGUGAAUUACUGUGUGGCUGUGUUGCUGUCACUGAAAUGAUUUCAAAUAAAGACUAGUCUUUUUUUUUUUUUAAUCCGUG